CCGUACAGGUGGAGCUGAAUGGGGUCCAGCAUGGACAGAAUGGCGGGGAGGACAAUGUGCCUCUCUCCACCUCUCCAAGGAGACGUAGUGACGUCAAGGUCUACAAGGAGUUCUGUGACUUCUACGUGCGCUAUAACAUGGCGAACGCCCUGGUCAAUGCCGUGUGUGAGCUCUGCAAGGCCGGCUUUUCCCCUGCUGAGAGGAUCGUGAACAGUAACGGGGAGCUGUACCAUGAGCAGUGCUUUGUGUGCGCUCAGUGCUUCCAGCAGUUUCCAGAUGGACUGUUCUACGAGUUUGAGGACCGAAAGUACUGCGAGCACGAUUUCCAGAUGCUGUUUGCUCCCUGCUGUAAUCAGUGUGGGGAGUUCAUCAUCGGCCGCGUCAUUAAGGCCAUGAACAACAGCUGGCAUCCAAACUGCUUCUGCUGUGAUAUCUGCCAGGCUGUGCUCGCUGACGUUGGUUUUGCGAAGAAUGCAGGCAGGCACUUGUGUCGUCCGUGCCACAACCGUGAGAGAGCCUGCAGCCUUGGCAAGUAUAUCUGCCAGAAGUGUCACGCCAUCAUUGAUGAACAGCCCCUGGUCUUCAAGAGUGACCCCUACCACCCGGACCACUUCAACUGCAGCAACUGUGGUAAGGAGCUGACCGCUGAUGCCAGAGAGCUAAAAAACGAGCUGUACUGCCUGCCGUGCCAUGACAAGAUGGGCGUGCCGAUCUGCGGCGCCUGCAGGAGGCCUAUCGAGGGCAGGGUGGUGAACGCGAUGGGCAAGCAGUGGCAUGUGGAGCAUUUCGUGUGUGCUAAGUGUGAAAAACCCUUCCUGGGUCAUCGUCAUUAUGAGCGCAAAGGCCAGGCUUACUGUGAGACUCACUACAAUCAGCUCUUCGGAGACGUCUGUCACCACUGUAACCGCGUCAUUGAAGGAGAAGUCAUCUCAGCGCUGAAUAAGGCCUGGUGCAUCGGCUGCUUCGCCUGCUCCACCUGCAGCACCAAACUGACCCUCAAGGAUAAGUUUGUGGAGCUGGAUCUGAAGCCUGUGUGUAAACAGUGCUAUGAGAGAAUGCCGGAGGAGCUGAGGCGCCGUUUGGCCAAACGAGAGCACGACUCCAAGGACAGGAAAAAGAAGAUCGGCAUCUGUCUGUGAUUGUUCACCGACAACUGGAGUGGUGCAGUUCUGUCUUGGAAGUGCCUCGUUAUUAUCAUGCACAGAUAUUGGUGAUAUUUGUUAUUUUGUACUGGUCUGUUCUGCUUCAGGUGCAGCAAAAGAUGAAUGAGGGUGUAGAGCGCCUGGAAAAUAAAAAAAAAAACAGGCACAGUAUUUGUAGUGCUCACAAAUCAGUGUUUGAUCCACAAAUAAGCACAAAUAUAUGAACUGUUGAAAUGCAUGAGUGACUGUAAAGAAGUGAAAGGAGUGUUUCUUUGCUGUUUUAAUAUUAUUUUUGACUUGUAUGUUAUUUACCUCAACGCUGCACUGUUUUCAGGCAUUUUUACAUAACCAUGUGACACUUCUAACCACUUUGUGAGUGUUAAUCAAUCAAACACACAAUGCCCAUAUAAGGACCUCUCCUAAAGUUUAUCUACUUAUACUUAUAAAAUAAAUGACGUUCUUGAAAAACCACCUUUGUUCCACCCUGAUAAACAGAAAUGCUCAGAAGUUGAUUUGUUUUGUUCUACAGUUUGUACGUGUUUCCUUCAAAUCUCUCUAGGUUUUCUGAAUUAUGCUGUUGUUAAUGAGUCGAAAUCCAAAUAUUGAUAGAUGCUGUAGCACCUUCACUUUGAUUGGCUGGUGUUGUUGCCAAGUGGACUACAGCAGGAAGUGCUGCACACAACGUCUGUUAUUUUCAUAAAUAGUCUGAAAGGUUGACCGCAACAUAUGCUUCCACUGAGCAUCCGUCCAUUUCAGAUGAGCUUGAGCCCAGAGAAGUCAGCGGCGUUUUACACUAUUAGACUUACUUCAAUGCAGUGUCAUUUCAAUGUGUUAGCAUGUUUAUACCAUGGAUUAGCAUGGUACCAAUAAUCAUAUUUAGACUACUUAAUGACAUUAUAAUUCAUAGGAGCCAAUGACGCUCAAUGGAAAAGUGUACAAAGGAAAACCGUAUUGGCUUGUUUACCUCAGGGCAGGAUACGGGUGGAAUUCUGAGACUGCAAUUAAUUUUCCACACACAGAAAAACACUCAGACCUGGAGUAUUAAUACAAUUCAGUGUUCAGUUUUGAAUGAACUGUAGCUUCGAAUUAGGUCCUCAUCGUUUUUGACUGAAGUCAACAUGAGUUCAGUUUACAUCACAAUUACUUAUAUUAAUGUAGUCUUGUAUAUUGUAUACUGAACCUUGUAUGUGGUACUACAUAGAACCUUUUUGAAAGGGU